UCCGAUCUCAUCGAUCUGCAACCGAGCGAACGGCGUGUUAGCUUCAACAUAGCGGGGAUGAUUUUACCAACUUCUAGAUAGCCUACAGCCACGCACAAAAAUGACAGACUACGCCGAAGAGCAAAGGAAUGAACUAGAAGCUAUAGAGUCCAUCUAUCCGGACUCUUUCACGGUUCUCUCAGAAGAUCCCAUCAGUUUUACCAUCACCGUGACGUCAGACGCAGGGGAAAAUGGAGAAACUGUGGAAACAACGUUAAAGUUCACAUAUGUUGAGAAAUACCCAGACGAGCCCCCGCUGUGGGAAAUCCACUCCCAGGAGAACCUGGAAGAUGCCGACAUGCAGGAAGUCCUUACCUUAUUGCAACAGCAGGCAGAAGAAAACCUGGGCAUGGUUAUGAUUUUCACCUUGGUGACAGCCGUCCAGGAGAAACUUAAUGAAAUUGUAGAUGUGAUUAAAAACCGGCGAGAAGAGGAAAAGCAGCGGAAAGAGAAAGAAGCAGAGGAGGCGGAGAAGGUGGCGUUCCACGGAACGGUGGUGACGAUCGAAAACUUCUUGGCAUGGAAAGCCAAGUUUGAGCAGGACAUGGCUGAGCUGAGGAGGAAAAGACAGAAAGAGGAGGAGCAGACUGGAAAAAUCAAACUCACUGGUAAACAGUUGUUUGAGACAGACCACAACCUGGACACUUCUGACAUUCAGUUCCUUGAAGACGCUGGAAACAGCGUUGAAGUGGACGAGUCACUAUUCCAGGACAUCGAGGACCUGGAUUUGGACGAGGACGACCCCGACUUCGACCCGUUGGACAUGGGCAGCGACGAGGACUGAAACGGGAGCACGGCGGACGGCGGACGGCGACUGCUUAGGACUCACGGGACCGUACUGUUCCCAUCCUGAAUACGAUCUUCUGAGCGGACACGUUAAGAGGAUCUGCAUUUAUUUUUUUAAAGAUUCUUACAGUAGACAA